UUCUCAUGAUUUUGUGUUAUGAAAUCAGAGCAUGUUAAAUAACAAAACUUCUUGUGUAUAACUGGGCCAACGUCAAUGGAAAGAAUCAACCAAACCAGUAGUGUGUCUGAAUUUAUCCUCCUGGGACUCUCCUCCCGGCCUGAGGACCAAAAGCUGCUCUUUGUCAUGUUCCUCACUGUGUACCUGGUCACACUAAUGGGGAACCUGCUCAUUAUCUUGGCCAUCCGCUCUGACCCCCAGCUCCAGACCCCCAUGUAUUUCUUCUUGAGUUUUCUGUCUUUCACUGACAUUUGCUUCACAACAACCGUUGUCCCCAAGAUGCUGAUGAACUUCCUAUCAGAAAAGAAGACUAUCUCCUAUGCGGGGUGUCUGACACAGAUGUAUUUUCUCUACGCCUUGGGCAACACUGACAGCUGCCUGCUGGCAAUCAUGGCCUUUGAUCGCUAUGUGGCUAUCUGUGACCCCUUCCACUAUGUCACCACCAUGAGCCACCACCGCUGUGUCCUCCUGGUGGCCUUCUCCUGCUCAUUUCCUCACCUCCACUCCCUCCUGCACACACUUCUGCUGAAUCUUCUCAUCUUCUGUGACUCCAAUGUUAUCCACCACUUUCUCUGUGACCUCAACCCUCUGUUGAACUUGUCCUGCUCCUCUAUAUUUGUCAAUGAAAUUGUGAUCAUGACAGAAGGACCUAUUGUUUUAGUGACUCCCUUUCUAUGCAUUGUUUUCUCCUACGCACGAAUCCUUGUAACGGUUCUCAAGAUUCCCUCCGCCGCUGGGAAACGCAAAGCCUUCUCCACCUGUGGUUCUCACCUCACUGUGGUAACACUCUUUUAUGGAAGCAUCUUCUACGUCUAUUUACAGCCCAUGUCCACCUACACUGUCAAGGACCACAUGGCAACAAUUGUCUACACAGUUUUGUCAUCCAUGCUAAACCCUUUUAUCUACAGCCUGAGAAACAAAGACCUGAAACAGGGCCUGAGGAAGCUCAUGGGCAAGAGGAGGUCCUGAACAGCACCCUCUUAAACCCACAAAUGCAAUCU